AUGGCUUCAAACUUGAUAUUUGCCGUCCAGGACCGCGUGCCCAAAGUGGAACGUUUCUGUUUCGGUGACACAGAGGCCAUAUCUCCAGAGGACUUGAAGCGCAGAUUCGUUGAGUGGCAGAAAGGAAGAGAUGUGAUCGGCGUGGCACACUCGCUUCACGGCGACCUGGUCCUCUUCAGAGAAUUCGAGAUCUUCGUGGACGCAAUCUGCUGGAUCGAUCUGGCCCUGGCACAAUACAUUCCACUUCAAAACACAACUGCACCAUCGCUGGCAGUCGUCAUGAACGGACCGAGGAUCCGCUACGCUGGAAGGCUGCACGAACCGGGAAACGACGCGCACUUCGCCAUGAGGACUCUCCUUGGACUCGCAGUUCUGGAUUUCUGGCGCGAGUGGACUUACUGGGGAAAUGGGCUCGGUGCUAUCCCACGCUGGUACGACCUAGCUACAAAAAUAGUCCGGGCUGAUAUCCCAAGACCAGAACGAUGGGGCUUCAUGGGUUGA